AUGGACCCUAACUUUUAUACCUCCAAGCACACUCGUCGCAAUCCAACUUCACAUCCCGGUCCUAAUCCCAAUCCAAUCAACCCAAACGGCGCUCAGUAUCGUUUUCUGAGUGGUCUCCAGAGGUUCAGGGUGAAUGUUGAUGCGAAUUGGCAACAUGACCUCAGUGAAUUGCACAUCAACUCGAAUCUCUGCCUAGUUGCACAUCUCAUCAAGCAUGAUGUCGACCAAGAAGUGCGGUCUGACAAUGGAGGAAGGUGUACGGCAGGAACUAUCGUUCAGAGUCCACACCGGCUUCGUGACCUUUCUGGUCAAUUUGCCGUCUUCUUUGCAUUUCCCGAUGUUUCAAUCAGGCUCGAAGGCAGUUAUCGCCUUGAAUUUCGACUCUACUCCAUCGCUGUAGGUGGUCGAACCUCUGGGCCCCUCGCAAAGGUCUCUUCUACCCCAUUCCGAGUCAUGCCACCCAAGUUUUUCCCCGGAAUGGCGUCCUCAUCAGAACUUACUCGUCACUUGGCUGAACAAGGUUUCAAGCUUCGGGUUCGUAAAAAGACAAGGACAGUCGCUAGUCACCAGAGUGUUGCCUCAGAGUCUGAUCCAACUCAGACGGGAUCAUGCUCUACCCCCGAUAUGAUCAGCUCGCACGGUAAGAGGAAGCGAAUGAACAAAUCAUUUCCGACGUCCGCGGAACCGCAGACCUGUGCAGAGUGGGAACUGAAUAUGUCUACAAACCUCUGUAUCAAAGAUAUCACACAAAGUCGUGCUUAUCAAAAAGCCGAUAACAUUCCUUGGCAUCACUCUCAGCUCAGCCCGCUUGAAUAUGUCCGACCAAGCGCCGGUUCCUCCCAAGUCGCUCCGAGGCCUCAUCUCUCUUCACAAACAAGAUAUACCGCCCCACCAAUACCCGCAUUUCGGCACCGGUCGUCUGAUUUAUCAUCACAUUCAACGGCUAGGUCAUCACCUCUUCAUUCGUAUCCAUGCCAUAUUUCAUCUGCUUUACAAAGGGCUGGACAAGGCACGUCGACGUCAAGUGUCGGUACGGAUAUCUGUACGCCGGGCUCCGGCCAACGAACUUCAGGAUACUUUGAUCAUUCUCCACGUACGGAUCGACUUCCCUCUUCUUCUGAGAUGUUAGCAUUAGCACAAUCUUCCGGUCAAUCACCCAAUGAACUUGCGAAGAGGAAUCAUCGACGUGACAUCCCUGAAGUCUGGGAUAAACUAGCAUUUUGA